CUGAAAUGAAAAAUAAAAUAAAAUAAAUAAUAAUAACUAUAAUAAAAGCAGCCAUGGAUUUGUGAGUUGGAAAUAAAUGGCGAUGGUUUCCAUGGCAUUCUGUGUCAACACCGUGACCUUUCCAAAACUCAACAGGUGUCGUGGAAUGGCAUUUGCAAGUUUGAGCAACAAAGAAACCAGCACUUUGGGAGUGCGCCUUACAGAAGGCGAAGGGAAUUUGCCAAAACUUGUGCUUACUUCACCAGCUGGUAGUGAAGCUGAAACAUACCUCUUUGGAGGUUGCAUUACCUCUUGGAAAGUUCCCAAUGGCAAGGACCUCCUCUUCGUUCGCCCGGACGCUGUUUUUAAUAAGAAGAAACCAAUAAGUGGAGGCAUCCCACAUUGUUUUCCACAGUUUGGUCCUGGUCCAAUUCAGCAGCAUGGGUUUGCACGGAAUAUGGAUUGGACUGUUGUUGAUUCUGAAAAUGUGGAAGGAAAUCCUGUUGUAACUCUGGAACUGAAGGAUGCUCCUUAUAGUCGUGCUAUGUGGGAUUUCAGCUUCCAUGCUUUGUACAAGAUCACACUAAAUGCUAAAAGUCUUUCCACUGAGUUGAAAGUUAAAAAUACAGACAAGAAGGCGUUCUCAUUUAAUACAGCCUUGCACACAUAUUUUCGUGCUUCUGUGAGUGGUGCAUCAGUGAAGGGGUUGAAAGGUAGCAAAACUCUGAACAAGGAUCCAGAUCCUAAAAAUCCGGUGGAGGGUAGGGAAGAAAGGGAUGUGGUCACUUUUCCUGGAUUUGUAGAUUGCAUUUAUCUUGACGCUUCCAAUGAGCUGCAACUUGACAAUGGCUUGGGUGAUCUAAUAUCUAUCAAGAACACAAAUUGGUCUGAUGCUGUGUUGUGGAAUCCAUAUCUUCAAAUGGAAGCAUGUUACAAAGAUUUCGUUUGCGUUGAAAAUGCCAAGAUUGAAAGUGUCCAGAUAGAGCCAGAACAAACUUGGACAGCUGUGCAGCAUCUUAGCAUUGCUUGAAUCGUAACUGCGCUUCUACAUCAUCUAUUAUUUUUGUCUUAUUUUGAUUUGCCAGUAAUAUGUAUCUUCUGUAUUAAUAAUUUUCUAAGCCACAAUAGCGGACUAGUGUGGUGAGGGAUUUGAUAGUUCAUGAGUGGUGGUGACUGGUAUCUCAUAAGGUUGUAACAAAAAUAAAAAAAAUAAAAAAGAAGUAAUAAUUUCUUUUCUUUCA